UUGAUGCGCUCGGCUAUCCCCGCAUGAUUCUAUUGCUCUCACACAAACAAUGUCUAGUAUUGGCCCAGCUAUCCCUUCACACCUCCUAAGCCAAAGGCACCAAGUCGAAGCCGAUGAAGACGAGGCAGAGCCUGCACCAUCCGCCUCUGAAGCUGCAGCAAGCAUCGGCCCCAGCAUUCCUUCACAUCUACUCAACCGGGAGGCCAGUAUACACAUCCACGAUGCAGAAUCAGUACCUGUAACGGAACCAGUCGUUGCAGCCUCAAAGAUCCCACCUAUAUCCCAAGAUGACGACUCGGACGACGAUUACGGGCCUGCGCUCCCACCUGAUCUCGCUGCGUCGUCGUCUUCCAAAAAGCUUGGACCGGCGGCACCACAGCAGCCGCGGGGUCCUGUUAUGGGGCCCAGUAUGCCGCCCCAACACGGGUUCUACGAAGAUGAUGAUGACGACGACGACGACGACGUGGGACCACGGCCUCUGCCUGCUGGAUACGCAGCACGGCAGGAGCUCGAUCCAGUCGCCGAGUUCAUGGAGCGAGAGGAGAGGCGGAGGAAGGAACGAGAGGAUGCCCUCAAACCCAAAGUCCCACAACGCGAGGAAUGGAUGCUUGUCCCACCUAGCUCGUCCGCCCUCCUCGGAACCCUCGAUCCUGCCAAGCUUUCUCGGCCACGCACAUUCCGCGCCACCGCUGCACCAGCCGCGUCCUCUCAAGACACCUCGCUUUGGACUGAGACACCUGCAGAGCGUGCUCAGAGGCUGGCAGACGAAGUAUCCGGCAAGAGGCGACGAGCCGCCAACUCCGAAGCGCCUGUAGAUGAGAGGACCGAUCUGGAGCGAAGGAAACGAGCACGUGUGGAUGAAGACAUACGCCGAGGUGUUGAUGAGCACACCAAGAGAACGAGAGGUGCAGCACUAGUCGAGGCACACAACGAAAAGCUCAAGAAAGAGCCCAAGAAAGACGACGAACCGAAAGCCAUCUGGGAUCGUGACAGAGAUAUGGGGCUUUCGGGACGCGUCAUGGAUUCCGAUAAGCGUAACAAAAUGAUUAAGGAAGCUCGCGGACUGGGAGACCGCUUUUCCUCUGGCUCGAGUGGAGGCUUCUACGCUUAAUUUUCAACGCAUCGCAGGGUAUGUAGUUACAAUACAUUUAUUUGCAGGAUCGGUGGUCGCGGGGGGAUAUAAACAAGAUGAUAAGAUAUGUACAUAGUUGUGAAUGAACAAUGA